CCUAUUCAUAAUUUCCUCUUUUUAUUAAUUGCUCUGGGCUUUCAUAGUUAUAUAUGAAAUGGAUUAUUAAUGAUCUGACUAUGCAGAUUAUUGAAGGAAAUGAAAAGACAACUCUCCACCAGUUUGAAGUAGAACCAUGAUAGCUAUUUUAGAGUGAUAAUAAAUGAAUACUUAAUAUAGCCUAUUCCCAUCAAUUAUCCUAUUGCUAACCCAGUAUUGAUUCCAUAUCCUACUAGCAUACUCAUUUGACUAAAAUAUUAUGGAGGGCAUAAAGAUUUGAUAUAAACAGGCAUAAUUAAGCUGGAAAUCCCAUUAGAUAUUCCUAAGAAAAACCUAACAGCAACUAUGACUUCAUAAUUAGAUAUCGUGGCUAAAAGACUAAAUAUUCCAAUAACAUCUGCAACUUGAAGACAUUAUUUAUUUGUCAAUUUUUAUUUUAUAAUAUACCCCACAAGGACACCAAUAACACAUCCUAAAGGAAGGAUCCCAUUUAAUAAACUUAGUUUUGA